AUGACAACGUCCACAGAGUGGGCACUGCCCAUAGCAACGUCCACAGAGUGGGCACUUCCCAUGACAACGUCCACAGAGUGGGCACUGCCCAUAGAACUGGCCAAACAGAACGCUCUCAGAAGUGGCGGUAAAACCGUCGCGAGGCCGGACCAGAGUCAGAAAGAGAAGGCGAAGUUUGCCCCGCUGGUGCCCCGUGAGAAGAAGCCAGGGCAUGGAGAGAAAGGAGGGGGGAAAAGGAGUGAGAAUACGUGGAAAGGAGAGGGGGGUGGAAAUAAGGAGAGAAACAUUGAUGUAGGAAAGAAGACAGGAGAAUCAUGUGAAGGAGAGAGAGGAGUAGAGAGCAAGGGUAAGGCCUCUGGGUUAGAGAAGAAAAGAGGAGAACGGAUGAAGAAAGAAGGGAAGAAGAAGACGCCAGAUACAGAAAAAGUGAGGGCUGCAGAUGAAGGGGUUCCCCAGCAACAGGAAGGUAAAGGAGAGAGAGGAGGAGGAGAGGGAGCGAAGGAGAAUAAAAAACAGAAAAAUAAGGAAGACCUAUCCAGGAAGGAAACAGAUAAAGGGAAGGAGGGAAUGAAUGUGAAAAAGAAGAAGAAAGAGAAUGAGAAGGUCAGGAAGGAAGGGAAAGAGACGAAAAAGAAGAGACAGAGGGAUGAGACAGAGAGCAAUAAGGUGCUCCCUCUAACAGACAGUCAGUAUGAUGAUAUAUUUGAUAGUGCUACGGCUCUGGAGACACCUGUAGACAACUGUCUGGAGGAUGCCAGAGCUGUGCUGAGUGAGGUGGAGUUACUGCAGGCCACCAUUGACCAGGUCUCUCUCAGGGAGGAGGAACAGCCUCCCAGGAGAGUGUCUGGUGAGAGAAAGACUGCAGCGUCCGGCUCACACACACAGAGGAAGAGGAAGAGAAGAAGGGAGGAAGAGGAAGACAGCGACUCCAGUGCAGAAUUUGAUCAGUGGGUUCAGUGUAGUAGGUCUGUCUGUGGGAAAUGGAGAAGAGUAGAGAGACAGGUUGACCUGGCUGCCCUUCCCAGCGACUGGACCUGUAUACACGACACAGGACCUGGUCUCUGUGACGCUACGGAGGACAGCUGGUCGGGACAAGAGUGUGAUGUCAUCAACAGCAGUCUGGUUCCUGGGUCUCUGGUCUGGGCUCAACAGAUUGGAUAUCCUUGGUGGCCAGCGAUAGUGGAGAGAGAUCCAGACACCAAGACCUUCUGCCAGUUCAACAGGAAUACUGACCUGUACCCUGUAAGAUAAACACUGACCUCUGGGGUUGAACCAGUCAGCAGAGCCUGGGUGUGUCGGUCUAAAGUCAGAAAUUACACAGAACUCACUGAGGAUGCCGCCAUCACGGGGAAGUCUCUCCAGAGAUUCAAGAAGAAGUUGAGAGAAGCUGUCCUCAUAGCAACACAAGCAAAGAGUAUUCCACUCAAGGGGAGGUUGUCUAGGUUUGGGUUCUGGACUCAACAAACAUCAGACAGAGAGAGGUCAGAGGACAGCGACAUUGCUGAGGUGAUGGAGAUGCUUCUGGACCAUGAAAAGAGCAGGAGGUCAGCAUACAUCAGAAACAAGAAGUCAGCUGUGGUGAAUGCUGCUAAGAGACAGCGUGAAGGAGAGCAGAGUGAGCCAAUUGGAGGGGACCUGAACGAGGGAGGAAAGGGAGUGAAAGAGAGAGCUGGAGAGAAGAAAAGAGGAGAGGAGGAAGGUAAGAAGAGAGUGAUGACUCCCUGGCUCUCCAAACUAAAGAAAGGCAGCGCGACCACAGCCAGACCAGCCUCUCCACCCAGCAAAGACCAGACUGUACUAGAGAGAGAGAGAGAGGAGAAGAGAGAGGGAGACGGAGUAGAGGAGGAAAGAGCGAAAGAGACCAGUAAAGGAGAAGAAAGGAUGGAACUGAGAGAGGAGAGAAGCCUGGAAGAGGAAGAGAAGGAGGAGGAAGAGGGACAUGAGUCUGAUAUAUCUGUUGAGGAGGAGGCAGUGAAAAAGGAAGGGAAGGAGUUUGUACAGUCUGUGUUUGUAGGGGAGGGGGAUGAGGGAGGAGAGGAUGAUUUCCUAGAUGAAGACAUGGAGAUUCUGGGCUGCAGAGAGGAAGUGAUGAAGAGACUAGCUCAGGAACCCAUUCAGGAAGAGGAGGAUGACUUCUCUAUCAUGCUGUUUGAGGAGGAGUAGAGAGAGGGAGGGAAGAGGGGAGUUGGUAACAGUCUAUCUCCUACUGUUCGGGUUAGGAACCGUUUCUGUUUUCUAUUGUUGAUGUAAAUAGUUGAGUUCAGGUAUGUUUGUUAUGAGUUUGGUUACAUUAUUUAAUCAGUUGUAUAAUAUAAUAAAUAUUGAAUUAUUAGUUUAUAACUUGUGAGUUUGUCUGGUUGUAAAUG